CCCAGUCGCCACUCCCCCACCCAAAGGCCCAACUCCACCCAACAGGAGAAAUGGACUCCGCGGAGAGCACGGCCGCCGCCGCCCCCGACCCCGCCCCGGCCGACGACGACGUCGACGCCGUCCCCGAGGUACCCGCCUGCAUCUCGUCCAUGAUCGACCGCGGGGGCAGCGUCGAGAGCCACCGCCUCUUCCUGGCGCGCCGCACCGCGCUGGAGAUGCUCCGCGACCGCGGGUACAGCGUCCCGGAGGCCGAGCUGGCGCGCACACUCCCGGAGUUCCGCGCCUGGUGGGCCGAAAAGCCCGAGCUCGAACGCCUCGCCUUCUCCACCGCCCUCGCCGCCGACCAGUCCAGUAAGGUGAAAGUUGUGUUCUGUCCACCUGAACCUGUCAAAAUUGCAGUUAUCCGGGAGAUAUAUAGCAGAGUCCAAGAAGAGAACUUGUCUAGAUUGAUCCUGAUAUUGCAGAGCAAAAUAACGUCUAAAUCCAGAGAAUCUAUCAAGGAGAUCUUCCCAUUUAAAGUUGACACAUUCCAGAUCACGGAAUUGCUGGUGAACAUCACUAAGCAUGUCUUGAAGCCCAAGCAUGAAGUGUUGACUGCAGAGGAGAAAGCCAAGCUCCUGAAGGAGUACAAUGUGGUGGAUUCACAGCUGCCCCGCAUGCUGGAAACUGAUGCUGUUGCUCGCUACCACGGCCUUGGCAAGGGAACCGUUGUCAAAGUUACGUAUGACAGUGAGCUUACCGGGAACCAUGUGACGUACAGGUGUAUUUUCUGAGGCCCUGGUGCCUUUCGAUGGAUGGUCUCCUAAGCAAUUAGUAAAAAUAACUUGUCGGCAGAUUAUCUUGCCCUUCUAGUUCUAGGCCUGUGUAGGAUGAGUUUGCUGUAAGGUAUUGGUAAAAAAUCGUCUUGCAGCUAAGUUAUUCCUCUACUGUAUUGUCCUAUGUGAGUACUCGUUUAAAGUCUAAGCUUGAAAACAGUAAGAAACUAUUUUCGUAAGUAGGAAACUAAUUUCGUUGUAAGCUAUCUGACUAUCCGAGAGUCAGCAGAUGUUCCUUAGAAAGUAUGGUACACGUUCUGUCCACUGGCCUGUUAAACUGCUAUCUCAGCUGUCAUCUGAUACCAGAAAUGUGCUGCAAAAUUUCUUGA